GUAACAAGUGCUACUAGUAACAAGGGCAUCGCUAGUAGUAACAAGUGCCUUACUAGUAGUAACAAGAAGCUAGUAGUAACAAGUGCUCCAAAAGAAUAUGCGUGUAUUUUUGUGCAAAUUGGAUCAAUUGGGAUGUCUCAGGCUCAACAUGGAAGAAGGGAGUGCGGGAUUCAAUUCAGGUUAUUCAGGUUAUUUAUUCAAAUGAAUGUGUGUGAAAUUUGUACCUUGACUGGCAUAGUAUGGCAUAGUAUAUUGGCUGUGAUUGUGCUAGCAGUUGGACACCUGUAUGCGGCAAGUACUGUAAGUCUACAAGAAUUUCCAGACAAAACAAGUUUCUGUCCCCACGAGAUGUCUCUCCCUCCCUUUUCCUCAAAGAGCGGAAGCGCUGUGUCUAGUCGAAGGUCAUGAGACUGAGCGGCCCAGGUUUUCGAGUCGCCAUGUCUUGUUUCACAUGUCAGAAGGAUCCUUGGUUUCUGACGCCGAACAAGAACGACCUGUGUGAGCCAGUUUGUCAGUUUAAGUCUAUGGAGAUCAUAGCAGCAGGGUCGUUUGGAGCAACAGUUUCUUGACUUGAGGAUGAUUAAUUGCGUUGCAUGGUGGAAGCUGGGUCAUCUGUGCGCGAACUGAAGCAAUUCCUUUCAGCUGAAGGCCACUUGGAAAUUGAACGAUUGGUGCUGGAGGCUGGAGUUGACAAAGAUGCAGUGCAAAGACAAAUGGGGCAACGGCUUUGCACAUUACUGCCCAACACGGCCACUUCAAAAUUGUGAAAUUGUUGCUGGAGGCUGGGGCUGACAGGGAUGCUGCAAAUAUCCCAUAUCUGAAAAUGCAAAUGGAACAAUGGCUUUGUGCAUUGCAGCCGAAAAAGUUCUACAAAGAGCAAAAAGGCCAAGCACUGCCCUUGGGCCCUCCAAUUGGCCGGGAAGUCUACGUCUCCAACUUGCGUUCCAGGGAUGGCAGACAACGAGUGCCCAAACUCACCAUCUUGGACUCCUCUGGGAAGUCAUGGAUGACCUUGAGCAAAGAAGACUUCGAGUACAUUAUGAAGCGGAAAGAUGACAUCAACAAGGAGCUCAUCCGAUACGAGAAGCGCUUGGAUUGAGGUCUCUCGUCUCACCGGUCAGAAGGACUAGCCGAAGCUGUCCAGAG